CGUGGCUGUGCGUAGCGGUGCACGCGCCAGCCCUUGGCCCGCGGUUGGGCCCCCUGGUCCCGCCGAUGUCAUGGCCGCCACGUUCUUCGGAGAGGUGGUGAAAGCGCCAUGCCGGACGGGCGCCGAGGACGAGGAGGAAGAAGAGGAGGAGGCGAGGCGAGAGACGCCCGAGGAUCGUGUGUUGCGGCAGCAGCUGGCGCAGAAGAGGUAGCGGCGUGUGCCGGAGGGCGGGGCCACUCGGUCCUUGUUUCCAGUCAUGUGAAAGUGAAAGCGGGAGGACCGCGACGUGACCCGCACUUGCACCCAGGCCUGGAGGUGCGCCUUCUUCGAAGACAGACAAAAACAACUCUGGAAGUUUCUCUGCUGGAAAAGUAUCCCUGCUCCCAGUUUAUAAUUGCUGUAGGAAAUAAUGCAGUAGCAUUUUUGUCAGCCUUUGUUAUGAACUCAGGAGUCUGGGAGGAAGUCGGUUGUGCUAAACUCUGGAAUGAGUGGUGCAGAACCACAGACACUCUGCACAUGUCCCCCUCGGAGGCUCACUGUGUGUUUUACCAUCUCAAAUCCACCCCUUCGGUCAUCCUCUGUCAGUGCAGUUGCUAUGUCGCCGAGGACCAGCAGUAUCAAUGGCUGGACAAGGUUUUCGGCUCCUGUCCAAGGAAGAACAUGCAGGUGACUGUUCUCACGUGCCGACAUGUCACCGACUAUAAAACCUCCGAGUCUACUGGCAGCCUGCCUUCUCCUUUCCUGAAAGCCCUGAAAACACAGAACUUCAGAGACCCUGUGUGCUGCUCCCUGCUGGAACAGCCAAAUAUUGUACAUGACCUUCCCGCGGCAGUGCUGAGCCACUGCCAGGUGUGGCGGCUGCCUGCGGUCCUGUACCUGUGCUACACUGACGUGAUGAAGCUGGACCUCCUGACGGCCGCGGCCUUCCAGCCUGUGCUUGCCUCCAGGAGCCUGAAGGGACUGGCCAAGAACAUUCCCCAGAGCACAGAGAUUCUGAAGAGGCUGAUGACGUUGAACGAGGUGCAGAGUAACAUUUACACGUGAGCUGCAGGGCCGUCCUCCAUGUUGGCCGCAUCGCCCCGCUCUGCAGGUGGCUCUGGGGGGCCGUGUGGAGGGCAGUGAAACAAUAAACUGAAAAGUGGUGUCCAUGCCCUUGUGGCCGAGACUGCUUACAGCUAAAACGAA